CAUUACUUUUUUUCGGCCGUCGUCAUGGUUAUCUCCACCAAAGAGUUCCCCCUUCUUUUCCUUUUUUCCCAAAGUCAAGUCCAUAUUUGGUGAAUGACGUCACGGGAACCCCAGAGAUUCCCUUUAAAACCCUCGCAGCGCCUUCUGGGAGCUGUUUGAAGGAGAUGAGAGGCGCGUCUGGAGCGCAAGCUCACAGUCAGCAGAAUGGCCGCUAAAGCGCUGGAUGAAGUCGCCGCGUCUUUACGCAGCAUCAUAGACGCCAUUCCUAAGGAUGCGUACGCGGUGGAGGGGGGGCCCACUCCCCAAACAGCUGUGGUUUUCAAAGAGGAGCCUGCUGGGGAGGAGGAUGACGAGAGGCCGAACGAGGCGGGCGGUGAUCGUCUGCAGCUCCACAGCGACUUGGCACAGUACGUUGCAACUUUACGCGCGCACCCCGUGGCGUUCAGCGGAAAGUUUUCGGUGGACUCCAGGUGUGCAGGUGGGCAGUGGACGCCGGGGGACGUCUGCGUUCUCAGCGCUGACAUCACCACCGCGGGGCCCGAAGCGGUGUCCGGAUCUCCCGCAGCAUCACCUGGCAUUUACGCACCAGGAGGAGGAGGAGAGGCGCAAAGCAGCAUGGCGCACGGACAACCAGGCAUCAGCCACAUGUACGGGCCCCCUCACCCCCACCCACAUUCUGACCCGCCCUACUCCUGCGGCGGGGACAUGUACCAGGACCAAACAGCAGGGGCUUACCUGGCUCCAUCCACCUGCGCAGGGCCCUACCACCAACACCAGCCCUAUAACUCCGCCCCCAAACCACCUGUUGAUGGCGCGCUGCUCUCCAUCAUACCUGAAUAUGGAGGCUUUUAUCAGCAGAGCUGCCAGAGGGACAUCCAGGCCGCUUUUCCCGACAGGAAGUCCCUGGCGUACCCGCUGGAGUCUCUCAGGGUGGCCCCGCCCCUCACACCGCUCAACACUAUCAGGAACUUCACGCUCGCGGCGCCAUCCUCCGCCGCAGAGGGCCCGAUGGCCGCCGCCUUCCCCGCCCACCAAAAUCUCCCGCUCAGGCCCAUCCUAAGACCCAGAAAGUACCCGAACCGACCCAGUAAGACGCCCGUGCACCAGAGGCCGUACCCAUGCCCGGCCGAGAGCUGCGACCGCAGGUUCUCCAGGUCGGACGAGCUGAGCCGCCACCUGCGCAUCCACACCGGCCACAAGCCCUUCCAGUGCCGCAUCUGCAUGAGGAACUUCAGCCGCAGCGACCACCUCACCACGCACAUCCGCACGCACACCGGGGAGAAGCCCUUCUCGUGCCAGCAGUGCGGGAGGAAGUUUGCGCGCAGCGACGAGAGGAGGAGGCACAUGAAGAUCCACCUCAGGCAGAAGGAGAAGAAGGCCUGCGCGUCCUAACCAUUGACUGCCGCACCGACAUCUCAGCAGAAGCGCCCAAACAUUCAGAACUGUUUACAGAACGUGGUUCCAUGGUUUCCAAACACUCCUAACUUUCUCUCAGGGAUUCAAAGGUGGAGAUCUUUGUGGAGGAUGCGGGAUGAGGAGCAGAACCUGCUCUCCAUAGAGCAGCUGUGAAUGAAAACAAAAGAGGUUUCAACUUGGCCCCAUUUAUGCUAAAAAUUAACUGCCAUGCUGUAAAAACAAAAACAAAAAAAACAGUCUGAAUGACA